AUGGCAGGAUCAUCGUCUGGCAUUCUCAAUCCUUUUAUCGAUGAUUUCUGCUUCUCAGCUCUAUUUGAUGAUGAAAAAUCCACUCCAAUCGCGGGCGAGAAAUGUGCACAUGAGUUACCGCUCCAAGAGGCUCUAAUAUCAUCGAUAUUUUCACCAUCAAGAAAACGUCCUAUCCCCAUUAAAGAGGAGAAAGAGAAUUUGAAGAAAAAGGUUAAGUCGGAAAAAGAUGAAGGCGAGUUUGUCGUAGCCGCCGGCAUUUGUCCAAUCUGCACGCACUACAAACCAAAAGAAGAGAUGUUCAGAAACGACAAGUGCUCCCACUCGUUUUCCUCUGACUGCAUUGGGAAAUACGUCGUUUCAAAGAUUCAGGAUAACAUAUCCAUGGUAAAGUGUCCUCACUUGACCCCAACUGCGGAGGCCUUUUGGAUCCGCAGCUCUGUCGUUCCAUUGUUCCGGAGAAAGUACUGCCCUUUAAAGGACUGUUUGGCUAUGAUGGUUGAUGAUGGAGAGGGGUUAGUGACGGUAUCGGUGUGCCCCAGUUGCCAUAGACUCUUCUGUGCGCAGUGUAACGUUUCGUGGCAUGAAGUGACUGGUUGUGGAAAGUUUCAGAUAGUGGCCAGAACUGGUGGAACGACGUCGUCUUCGGUGAGGGAAGAACAAGCAACCGAGAAGAUGCCCCAUUGACAUCCCUAAGAGUACCGGAGUCUGCUUUCACAUUUCUUCCAGGUCAAUUUUCAUUAGUCAUUUAUUUUGUUAUUGAUAAUAUAUACAUUCUAUAAUUUUUCAUGGUUUUGAUAAUCUUAAUUUGGUUAUGUUUAAGAAAAACAUAAUUAUUACAUUAAUGUUAGUGAAUUAUUUUUAAAUUGCUGAGGUGUAUAUUUUCCCAUACAUUCUUAUACACAUUAGUUUUUGUUUCUAUUUUUUUUUCUUCAAAUAAUCUGCGGAUCCAAAUCGAGUUCAAGCCAUAAAUCUUCUCAUCAAAUAUAAUGAAAGGACUACAAACCACUGCACCGGGUUAAAGAAGAAGAAGAAUGUCAUUCAA